CAAGAAGAAAGAGGAGGAAGGAUCCCCCUCCCCGCAACCAGAUCGAGGAGACGAGGAAGCAAAGCAGCAACCGCACCCAAACCCUAGCCGACGCGCCCCCUCCUCGACCUGAUUCUUCCGGCGUGCUGGUGCCAUGGCGCUGCGCUUUCUGUCCAGCGAUGUUCGGGUAGAUCUGGAUCUCCGUGAUUCGCCGCCGGCGGACUCUCCGCCUCCCACCUCUCAGGGUGGAUCCAGCAAUGGAGCUAAGGCUGGUGUUGCCAGGAAGAUGAAGGAGGUUGAUCACUUGUUGGCAAAAUUAGAAAAAGAGGGAGUGGAGAUAGAUGGCAAGAUAGCUAGCGUUAUUGAUGAUGGGAUUGCUAGAAUUAAAGCUGAAGCCGCGAGGGAGAACAUCAAUGAGCAAGAAGGGAUUGGGAAGGUAUUACUGCUCGCUAUUGCAUCUGUUGCUCUUGGUUUCAUCAUGGGAGUGGACUGGUUUGAAGAUGCUAUCCUUGAGGAACUUGCCAAGAGCAGACGUUCUUAGUUAAAUAGCCUAAGGCUUGCCUGUGCACUCUGUUUAUGGUAUGUAAAACCAGGUUGGGUAAUCGUGGUAGAGCACUGUUGGCUAAUUAUGGUAUGCAAAACCUAUUUAUGUUGUCUAAUAAAUUUCAUGCUAUACUGUGGUUUUUGGCAUGUAUAAUGUAACUCUUACUUGGUAACACUAUGUCACUGUUCUAAGCUGUGUGGAGCACCUGCAGUACUGCAGGUUGAUUAGUGUUUGGUAAUUGAAUCUGGUGUGUGCGGUGAUUGUCUAUGGAUGCUUCGUUGUGAUAAUUUAUGGAAUAAUUUAUGA